CACCUGGUCCCCAAAUUCCCCCGAGGGCAGCGGGAAGCUCGCCUGCAACCCCCAGCGUCCUGGUGGCCAGGACGGCGGCGGCCGGGCGCACCGAAGGGAGGGGGCCGGGAGGACGCCGGAGGAGGAGCAAAGGUGUCGGCGAGAAAACUUGUGAAAGGAACAGGAAACCUGCCCGGGAGGCGACCGCUGCGGCCCCGAGGUGUCCGCGCGGCUGCGGCGUCGCUCCCCCACGCGCGAGGCAGGGCUGCCGAGCCGACCCCCGGGCGCCCCGGCCGUGCCCUCUGCAGCCGCUCCGGGCGCCGCCGCCGUGCGCUCCGCUCCGCUCCGCUCCUUGGAGAGGGCGGCGAGGGCGCCGAGAAGAGGAAGGACGUCUAACCCUGGAGCAUGAAGCAGCAUGUCUGAUAAAAUGUCCAGCUUCCUCUACAUCGGGGACAUCGUGUCCCUGUACGCGGAGGGCUCGGUGAACGGCUUCAUCAGCACGCUGGGGUUAGUGGAUGACAGGUGUGUGGUGCACCCGGAGGCAGGGGACCUCGCCAAUCCUCCCAAGAAGUUCAGAGACUGCCUCUUUAAGGUGUGUCCUAUGAACCGAUAUUCUGCCCAGAAACAAUAUUGGAAAGCUAAGCAAGCCAAGCAAGGGAACCACACCGAGGCAGCCUUGCUGAAGAAAUUACAGCAUGCUGCAGAAUUGGAACAAAAACAAAAUGAAUCAGAAAAUAAGAAGCUGUUGGGAGAAAUCGUGAAGUACAGUAACGUUAUCCAACUACUGCACAUAAAGAGCAACAAGUACCUGACUGUCAACAAGAGGUUACCUGCUCUGCUGGAGAAGAACGCCAUGCGCGUAUCUUUGGACGCUGCAGGAAAUGAAGGGUCUUGGUUUUACAUUCACCCCUUCUGGAAGCUGAGAAGCGAGGGUGACAAUAUUGUUGUUGGCGAUAAAGUUGUUCUGAUGCCCGUGAACGCAGGGCAGCCACUGCAUGCGAGCAACAUAGAGCUUCUCGAUAACCCAGGGUGCAAAGAGGUGAAUGCUGUUAAUUGCAACACCAGCUGGAAAAUCACUUUAUUUAUGAAAUAUAGUUCCUAUCGAGAGGAUGUGCUGAAAGGUGGUGACGUCGUUAGAUUGUUUCAUGCAGAACAAGAGAAAUUUCUGACCUGUGAUGAAUAUGAGAAAAAACAGCACAUUUUUCUUCGUACAACCUUGCGUCAAUCAGCCACUUCUGCUACUAGUUCUAAAGCGCUCUGGGAAAUAGAGGUGGUUCAUCACGACCCAUGCCGUGGGGGUGCGGGGCAGUGGAACAGCUUGUUCAGAUUCAAACACCUUGCAACUGGGAACUACUUGGCGGCAGAGCUUAAUCCUGAUUAUCGAGAUGCCCAAAAUGAAGGAAAAAAUGUGAGAGAUGGAGAUCUUCCAACUUCAAAGAAGAAGCGCCAGGCUGGGGAGAAGAUCAUGUACACCUUGGUCUCAGUCCCACAUGGGAAUGACAUUGCGUCCCUCUUUGAACUGGAUGCCACCACUCUUCAGAGAGCUGACUGCCUGGUUCCUAGGAACUCCUACGUUCGGUUAAGACAUUUAUGUACCAACACAUGGGUAACCAGCACUAGUAUCCCUAUAGACACAGAGGAAGAGAGGCCUGUUAUGCUGAAGAUUGGAACUUGCCAAACAAAAGAAGAUAAAGAAGCAUUCGCUAUUGUGUCUGUCCCGCUGUCUGAGGUGCGAGACUUAGAUUUUGCCAAUGAUGCAAAUAAAGUGCUGGCGACCACGGUUAAAAAGCUGGAAAAUGGCACAAUAACUCAGAAUGAAAGGAGGUUUGUAACCAAAUUAUUGGAAGACCUUAUCUUCUUUGUUGCUGAUGUACUUAACAAUGGGCAAGAAGUUCUGGAUGUGGUUAUCACCAAGCCAAACCGAGAACGUCAAAAAUUAAUGAGGGAACAAAACAUAUUGGCACAGGUAUUUGGGAUUCUUAAAGCACCCUUUAAGGAGAAGGCAGGCGAAGGCCCAAUGCUGAGGCUCGAAGACCUGGGGGACCAAAGAUACGCUCCCUACAAGUACAUGCUGAGGCUCUGCUACCGUGUUCUGAGGCACUCGCAGCAGGACUACCGGAAAAACCAGGAAUAUAUUGCUAAGAAUUUCUGUGUCAUGCAGUCCCAGAUUGGCUAUGAUAUUUUGGCAGAAGAUACCAUCACAGCUUUGUUGCACAACAACAGAAAACUACUAGAGAAACAUAUCACAGCAAAAGAAAUAGAAACAUUUGUCAGUUUACUCAGGAGAAAUCGUGAGCCAAGAUUUUUGGAUUAUUUAUCUGAUCUGUGUGUGUCCAAUACCACCGCUAUACCUGUAACUCAAGAACUCAUCUGCAAAUUUAUGUUGAGCCCAGGCAAUGCAGACAUUCUCAUUCAAACCAAGCUGGUUUCAAUGCAAAUGGACAACCCGCUGGAGAGCUCCAUUCUUUCAGACGACAUUGACGAUGAAGAAGUUUGGCUCUACUGGAUUGACAGCAACAAGGAACCUCAUGGCAAAGCUAUCAGGCACCUUGCUCAGGAAGCCAAAGAGGGCACCAAAGCUGACUUAGAAGUCCUUACCUAUUACCGGUACCAGCUAAACCUCUUUGCAAGGAUGUGCUUGGAUCGCCAGUAUCUGGCCAUUAACCAGAUUUCGACGCAGCUCUCUGUGGAUUUGAUCCUGCGGUGCAUGUCAGAUGAGAGCCUGCCAUUUGACCUCCGAGCAUCUUUCUGUCGCCUCAUGCUCCACAUGCAUGUCGACCGGGACCCCCAGGAGUCCGUGGUGCCUGUGCGCUAUGCCAGGCUCUGGACGGAAAUCCCCACCAAGAUCACCAUUCAUGAAUAUGAUUCUAUAACUGACUGUUCCAGAAACGAUAUGAAGAGGAAAUUUGCACUGACAAUGGAAUUUGUUGAAGAAUACUUGAAAGAAGUUGUAAAUCAGCCCUUCCCUUUUGGAGAUAAAGAAAAAAACAAACUGACAUUUGAGGUGGUCCACUUGGCUCGGAAUCUGAUAUACUUUGGAUUUUAUAGUUUCAGUGAAUUGUUAAGGCUCACAAGAACACUUCUGGCUAUCCUAGACAUUGUACAAGUCCCCAUGUCAUCGUAUUUUGAAAGAUUAAGCAAAUUUCAAGAUGGAGGAAACAAUGUCAUGAGAACCAUCCAUGGGGUGGGAGAGAUGAUGACCCAGAUGGUGCUCAGUAGAGGCUCAAUCUUCCCCAUGAAUGUGCCUGAUGUUCAGCCGAGUAUCCACCCCAGCAAGCAAGGGAGCCCUGCCGAGCAGGAAGACGUGACCGUGAUGGACACUAAGUUGAAGAUUAUUGAGAUCUUGCAGUUUAUCCUGAGUGUCCGACUGGAUUACAGGAUCUCCUACAUGCUCUCGAUAUAUAAGAAGGAGUUCGGAGAGAGCAGUGAGAAUGCUGAAACCUCUGCCAAUGGCUCUCCAGAUACAUUGAUCCCAGCAGCUAUUGUUCCUGAUAUAGACGAAAUCGCAGCUCAGGCAGAAACUAUGUUUGCUGGAAGAAAGGAAAAAAAUCCAGUUCAACUUGAUGACGAAGGCGGCAGGACCUUCUUGCGGGUCCUCAUUCAUCUGAUCAUGCAUGACUACCCUCCUCUGCUGUCAGGAGCUCUGCAGCUUCUGUUCAAGCACUUCAGCCAGAGAGCGGAGGUUCUACAGGCAUUUAAACAGGUGCAACUGCUGGUGUCAAAUCAAGAUGUAGAUAACUACAAGCAAAUAAAGGCAGAUCUCGACCAGCUUCGACUAACUGUAGAAAAAUCUGAGUUAUGGGUUGAGAAGAGCAGCAGCUACGAAAAUGGAGAAAUGGGUGAAAACCAAGUGAAAGGUGGUGAAGAGCCAAAUGAGGAAUCAAAUAUUUUAAGUCCAGUUCAGGAUGGAACAAGGACACCUCAGAUUGACAGCAAUAAGAGCAAUAACUACCGGAUUGUGAAAGAGAUUUUGAUUAGGCUAAGUAAACUCUGCAUACAGAAUAAAAAGUGUCGGAAUCAGCAUCAACGGCUACUGAAAAACAUGGGAGCUCAUUCGGUGGUGCUGGACCUUCUGCAGAUACCCUAUGAAAAGAGUGAUGAAAAGAUGAACGAAAUAAUGAACCUAGCCCAUACAUUCCUGCAGAAUUUCUGUCGGGGAAAUCCACAGAAUCAAGUUCUUCUUCAUAAACAUCUGAAUUUGUUCCUAACACCUGGUCUCCUUGAAGCAGAGACCAUGCGGCACAUCUUCAUGAACAAUUACCACCUGUGCAAUGAAAUCAGCGAGAGAGCAGUGCAGCAUUUUGUGCACUGCAUAGAGACACAUGGCCGCCACGUGGAGUACCUGAGGUUUUUGCAAACGAUUGUAAAAGCAGAUGGUAAAUAUGUGAAGAAAUGCCAGGAUAUGGUCAUGACAGAGACUCUCUUGUUAUCAUUUCAGUUGAUAAAUGGGGGUGAAGAUGUGCUGAUAUUUUACAAUGAUAGAGCAUCAUUUCCCAUCCUUCUCCAUAUGAUGUGUUCAGAGAGAGACCGAGGGGAUGAGAGUGGCCCCUUGGCCUACCACAUCACCCUGGUGGAGUUGCUGGCAGCUUGUACAGAGGGGAAAAACGUCUACACAGAAAUCAAGUGCAAUUCCCUUCUGCCCCUGGACGACAUAGUGCGGGUGGUGACCCAUGAUGACUGCAUCCCUGAGGUUAAAAUUGCAUAUGUGAAUUUUGUUAAUCACUGUUACGUUGACACUGAAGUGGAAAUGAAAGAGAUUUACACAAGUAACCACAUUUGGAAAUUAUUUGAGAACUUCUUGGUGGAUAUGGCAAGGGUUUGCAACACAACCACAGACAGGAAACACGCAGACACCUCCCUGGAGAAGUGUGUGACAGAGUCUAUCAUGAGCAUCGUGAGCGGCUUCUUCAAUUCUCCUUUCUCAGACAACAGCACCAGCCUCCAGACACACCAGCCAGUUUUUAUUCAGCUGCUGCAAUCUGCCUUCAGAAUUUACAAUUGCACCUGGCCAAACCCAGCCCAGAAGGCCUCUGUGGAGUCCUGUAUCAGAACUUUGGCAGAAGUGGCAAAGAAUCGUGGAAUUGCUAUUCCAGUGGAUUUGGAUAGUCAAGUUAAUACUCUUUUCAUGAAGAACCAUUCAAAUAUGGUGCAGAGAGCAGCCAUGGGCUGGAGACUGUCAGCUCGCUCCGGACCCCGCUUUAAGGAAGCUCUUGGAGGACCUGCUUGGGACUAUAGAAAUAUUAUUGAAAAGUUACAGGAUGUCGUGGCUUCCUUGGAGCAACAGUUCAGCCCAAUGAUGCAGGCGGAAUUCUCAGUGCUGGUGGAUGUGUUGUACAGUCCGGAGCUGCUGUUCCCUGAGGGGAGUGAUGCGAGGAUCCGAUGCGGUGCUUUCAUGUCCAAGUUGAUCAACCAUACAAAGAAACUAAUGGAGAAAGAAGAAAAACUGUGCAUUAAAAUUCUUCAGACUUUACGAGAAAUGCUAGAGAAGAAAGACAUCUUUGUGGAAGAGGGUAAUACAUUAAGGAAAAUACUCCUGAAUCGAUACUUUAAAGGUGAUUAUGGAGUUGGUAUAAAUGGACCCCUUUCUGGAACCUAUGGCAAAUCUGCACCAGGGGGAGGAAGUUUUUCUGGGCAGGACUCAGAUAAGAUGGGGAUAUCAAUGUCAGAUAUUCAGUGUCUGCUGGACAAAGAAGGUGCAUCCGAACUUGUCAUCGAUGUUAUAGUGAAUACCAAAAAUGACAGAAUUUUUUCCGAAGGCAUUUUACUUGGCAUUGCCUUGCUCGAAGGAGGAAAUACACAAACUCAGUAUUCGUUCUACCAGCAGUUGCAUGAGCAAAAAAGGUCAGAAAAAUUCUUCAAAGUUCUAUAUGACCGAAUGAAGGCUGCUCAGAAAGAAAUAAGAUCAACUGUUACAGUGAAUACCAUAGACUUAGGUAACAAAAAAAGGGAUGAUGACAAUGAAUUGAUGACAUCUAGCCCACGAAUAAGAGUAAGAGAUUCAUCACUGCAUUUAAAAGAGGGAAUGAAAGGGCAAUUAACAGAAGCUUCUUCAGCAACAUCCAAAGCGUACUGUGUAUACAGAAGAGAAAUGGAUCCGGAAAUAGACAUUAUGUGCACGGGAUCCGAAGGGGGCAACGCGGAGGACAAGUCUGCAGAGGAAGUGACGAUGAGCCCUGCAAUUGCCAUCAUGCAGCCGAUCCUGAGGUUUCUUCAGUUACUAUGUGAGAAUCACAACCGGGAACUGCAGAACUUCUUGAGGAAUCAAAACAACAAAACAAAUUACAACCUUGUCUGUGAGACCCUCCAAUUUUUGGACUGCAUUUGCGGAAGUACCACGGGUGGCCUGGGCCUGCUGGGUCUCUACAUCAAUGAGAAGAAUGUAGUGCUGGUCAACCAGACUCUGGAAAGUUUGACUGAGUACUGCCAGGGCCCGUGCCAUGAAAAUCAGUCAUGUAUUGCUACUCAUGAAUCUAAUGGAAUUGAUAUUAUCAUUGCUCUGAUCCUAAAUGACAUAAACCCUCUUGGUAAAUAUCGAAUGGACUUGGUGCUUCAACUAAAGAACAACGCCUCCAAGCUUUUGCUGGCCAUUAUGGAAAGCAGACAUGACAGCGAGAAUGCAGAAAGAAUUCUUUUUAACAUGAGACCCAGGGAACUGGUGGAUGUGAUGAAGAAUGCCUAUAACCAAGGAUUGGAAUGCGAUCAUGGAGAUGAUGAGGGUGGAGAUGAUGGUGUUUCCCCAAAAGAUGUUGGACACAAUAUUUAUAUUCUGGCCCAUCAGUUGGCCCGUCACAACAAAUUAUUACAGCAGAUGCUCAAACCAGGAUCAGAUCCAGAUGAUGGAGACGAAGCCUUAAAGUAUUAUGCCAACCACACGGCACAGAUUGAGAUUGUCCGGCACGACAGGACCAUGGAGCAGAUAGUCUUUCCUGUCCCCAACAUAUGUGAAUACCUGACGCGGGAGUCCAAGUGCCGUGUGUUCACGAUGACUGAAAGGGACGAGCAAGGCAGCAAAGUGAACGACUUCUUCCAGCAGACAGAGGACCUCUACAAUGAGAUGAAGUGGCAGAAGAAAAUCAGGAAUAAUCCUGCUCUGUUCUGGUUCUCGAGACACAUAUCUCUCUGGGGGAGCAUCUCCUUCAACUUGGCCGUGUUCAUCAAUUUAGCUGUUGCUCUCUUCUACCCAUUUGGGGACGAUGGAGAUGAAGGUACACUCUCUCCAUUGUUCUCAGUUCUUCUAUGGAUAGCAGUUGCAAUCUGCACAUCCAUGCUAUUUUUCUUCUCCAAGCCUGUGGGUAUCCGGCCAUUUCUUGUGUCUGUAAUGCUCAGAUCAAUAUAUACAAUAGGUCUUGGGCCCACGUUAAUACUUCUUGGCGCAGCUAAUCUUUGUAAUAAAAUAGUAUUUCUGGUGAGUUUUGUUGGAAACCGUGGCACGUUCACCCGAGGGUACCGAGCUGUCAUCCUGGACAUGGCCUUUCUCUACCAUGUGGCGUAUGUCCUGGUUUGCAUGCUGGGCCUCUUUGUCCACGAAUUCUUCUAUAGCUUCCUGCUUUUUGAUUUGGUGUACAGAGAAGAGACUCUGCUCAAUGUCAUAAAAAGUGUCACCCGGAAUGGCCGCUCCAUUAUUCUAACUGCAGUCCUCGCUCUCAUCCUGGUCUACCUGUUUUCCAUUAUUGGGUUCCUUUUUCUGAAGGAUGACUUCACUAUGGAAGUGGAUAGGCUGAAAAACAGAACUCCCAUUACAGGAAGUAAUGACGUUCCUACUAUGACUUUAGCUUCCAUGAUGGAAACAUGUAACAAGGAAAACUGCUCACCCACGAUACCAGCUUCAAACACAGGUGAUGAAGAGUAUGAAGACGGAAUUGAAAGGACGUGCGACACUCUCCUGAUGUGCAUUGUCACCGUCCUGAACCAGGGCCUCAGGAACGGCGGUGGCGUGGGUGAUGUGCUGAGAAGGCCAUCAAAAGAUGAGCCCUUGUUUGCUGCCCGAGUGGUAUAUGACCUUCUUUUCUAUUUCAUUGUCAUCAUUAUUGUCCUUAACUUGAUUUUUGGUGUCAUCAUUGAUACUUUUGCUGAUCUCAGAAGUGAGAAACAGAAAAAAGAAGAAAUUCUAAAGACAACCUGCUUCAUCUGUGGACUCGAGAGGGACAAGUUUGAUAAUAAAACUGUGUCAUUUGAGGAGCACAUCAAGUCAGAACACAACAUGUGGCAUUAUUUGUAUUUCCUUGUCUUGGUGAAGGUUAAAGACCCAACUGAAUACACUGGACCUGAAAGUUACGUGGCUCAAAUGAUUGUGGAGAAGAACUUGGACUGGUUUCCUCGGAUGCGAGCCAUGUCUCUUGUUAGCAACGAAGGUGACAGUGAGCAAAAUGAGAUUCGGAACCUGCAGGAGAAGUUGGAAUCGACCAUGAGUCUGGUCAAACAGCUGUCGGGUCAGCUGGCGGAGCUCAAGGAGCAGAUGACAGAACAAAGGAAGAAUAAGCAGAGACUGGGCUUUCUCGGAUCAAACACACCCCAUGUGAAUCAUCACAUGCCGCCACACUGAUACCAUGGGGGAGAGCCGUGACUGGCCUUUCAUCAGCGCCCGGCCUGACCGCUGAAUACAGAACUGAGCUGGAGGGGAGUGAACAGUGCCUAUUGUUGAGAAGUUAAAAACAACCAAGUGCCAAGAUGCUGCCUGGUGUAGCUCCGGGAACAAUUUAUAACUGUGUUUUCAUGGUUGAAAAGAACCAAACUCAAAAUGCAGCGGCUGGAAAGCACACAUCAUGCAUUCUUAAUGCAACAUGAAGUGACUUGCUCACGUGGACAGAGAGGGCAGGGAGAGGCAGGGCUGGAGGAGAUGCCGUGCAGGGAGAACCACCUUUUGCUAAGUCCCUAAAGAGUCGGUUUUGUCUUAAACGCUGAUUUGCAACCUUUGUCACGGUUGGUUGGGCUUUCUUUUAAUUAUGGCGCAUAGGUCAAUGAUACAGGAAGUCAUACUCGGGUGGCUACGUUUUUUACUAUAGGAAAUAACUGGAAAGAUUAAAAAAUGAGAGUUGCAAAGAAACAUGUUAAUGCUUCCAAACCGUAGCUGUCACAGGGCAGUUUCCUUCCUUGUAACACGCAGCACAAUGGAUCUGCGGCUCUAGCAACUAGUGCUGGGAGCCUGUGCCCCUCAAGCGGACAUCACAGGAUAUGAUUGCCUUCUCCCAGAUCCAGAGGGGCUCUCAAUAGAGAGCACAGAAGGGGAUCUUCAGAAAACUUGGGAAAAGCAUGUGGUAAAUCAUGUAUAGGCUAAGAUUUUCAAAGAUUUGAGGAAGAAAAAGCUACAGUAAGCCCCAGGGGAAAGUUUUUUUGAGCAUAUGUGUGCUAUUAAAAUAUAUUGAGAUUAAUAAAUGAAAGUGAUUGAAGAUGACAGGAAAUACUGAGAAACUUAUGAUAGUGGCAUUUUAUAAAUAUGGAGUAAAAGCUAUUUGAUUCAUGUUUGCUGUGCUUAAAAGGAACUGAGUGGUUUUAUUGCUGCAGUUGGGGAGGGAGGGGAAAAAUCCAAGAACUUUAUUGAAUACUCAAGAAUAUGAAGCAUAUCAAUUAUAUAUUUUAAAUUGUAUUUGUGAGAGCUUUUCAGAAUGUAGAAAGAUAAUAAUCUCUUCUCCAAGUUAUGUUAAAUGAAUGCGACCAGAAUUUGUGGAAGGAGAAAAUAACCUGCCAUACCCAUGCUAUUCUUAGAAAUAAUACUUCCAGAGUGUUAAAGCAAAAUGGGAUAUUGAAAGUGUUAGGGGACCACUGUGUGGCCAGGGAGCAAGGCACAGGCACCCAAGUCUGGGAGAUUAUUUGCAAGUUGACCUUUAGCCCUGGCUCCCCCAAGAACAAAAAAUUGCCUGCAGAAUCUUACUCUGACCUUCUUACCACCAAGGUUGAAGGUCUGGGCAAGGUUUGUGAUGGCUGUUUUUAAAGCUUUGAGGUUGUUUUGAUGUCAUUUAAGCUAUUGGGCCCUAAAAUUUUUACAGUUACUCUAGGCAGAUUAGAAAGGAUGCUUGGAACAGCCCUGUUAAAAUAUAGACUUUGAGAGAAACUGUUGAAACCUUGAUCAACAAAUGUUUGCGCUGAAUCUCCUGUCACCCCCUUAAUCCCAGCCCCUCCCCAAGUUGAGAAUUCUUCACUCUGACAUGAUAGUCAUUUUUCUUGACCAGUUGCUGAAGGACCAUGGUCCAGAGACGAAGAGAUUGAGAUAUAUAUCUGCAGGCAGCACAGAACUUUGAACCUAUUAGGCAAUCAAUAAAUGUAUGAGAAUCCCACCAUCACUAAUCACCCUUAAUUCUUUAUUAAAACUUUAAACCCUCUCACAUAUUUUAUUUUUUAAAUGUCUUCACCAAAACCUAAGUAGAACAAAGCAGCCAUUGUUUUCACCCAAGACCAUCAUUGUUAUAACAUUAUUAGAUAACUAUUUUAAUUAGGCAGAGAGUUUGGGGAAUAGGUAAAAGAAAAGGAGUAGAUGGAGCAUGUUCUAGUAUAGGGACCUAACUCACAAAAUCAAAUAUUUUUGAUGUCUGAACAGCAAGAGAAUAGAUUAAUUUUUACUGAUGAGAGCAACCUGUCUUUCAGAUGAUGAACUGUGUAGUAUUUGCUGGCUCUGAGAUAGUUCUUUUUUUGUAGGACUAAGACAUUGGGUUAGUGGUAGCUCAUUGUUUCUCAGCAUAUAGUCUCUUUAGUUCUGAAAGAUUGCAGCUAAAAAGAUGCUUAUUUGUUCAGAAUUAAAAUAUUUCUCAGUUGUGCUUCUUUUUCUUUUCUGCCUAAGUACUGAAGAGAUUACAAGGCAAAAUGAACAAAACAAAGCAAACAAAAAAGGCAUUUUUGCAGGCUAUUAAUUCAUGACAAAGAUAUUAAUGCAGAAAUUUGACAUCUGAUUAUAUGUUACAUAUAUGUUUGUAAUGCAACUGGAAUAUUUUACCUAUACAAGUAUUAGUUAAUGUUAUCAUAUUUAUAUAGUGACAUUAAAUGCAAUCAUUGUUGAAUUUGAUGUUAAGGAAAAUUUUUCCUAUUUAUUUGUUAAAAUCCACAUAAGGUUAAAUGUAUCAGUCGAUGCUGAAUAGUUUAAUGAAAGUAGGUUUCUUAAAUUAAAAUAUCAUUUUUAGAUGAGAAAAUGUUUGUAUCAUAUAAGAUUAUAAUAUAAAUAAAUUGUAUACUUGUAAAAUUUAUCAUUUUCUUCCCCUUAAAAAGUUAGUUUAAAAAAGGGCUUACUUUCUUAAAUAUUGAACUUUUUUCUGUUGAUGAUGAGAAUGCAGUUUCUAGAUGGUUGAUAAUAUCUGGAAGAUAUUUCAUCCAAGUCAGAACUGUGUGCAUAUGUCAUAUUCUUCACUCACAAUCCAUUCUUUUGAAUGCUCUUUUAGUUUAUAGUUGUUUUAUUACAAACAGCAAUGCCCCGGGACUAAAAUGAGUGGAAAGACUGGGGAUCUGGGGUCAACAAAAGUGAAGACUGGGGCUUCCUUAUGAUUAGGGGAAAGGAGUAAAUGACAGAUGCUGGGAAGAAAAGAGCUUACCCCCUCCCCCCGCAGUAAACUGGGACAUAAUAAGUAAUUAUUGCACAGACAUAAUGACAUACCAGAUUAUAGACUCAAGAGAUGCUGCUUAAACAUGCAGAGGACAGAGCUUUGUGGAAGAGUAGCUAUAGGGAGCUACUCUAGGCAGUAGAGUAGCUCUGUUCCUUCAGCUGGUCUUAAAGUUACACGGAAUAACAGGCGGCAUAUUCUGACCCACAGACCCUUUUCAAUAUGCCAUGACACAUAUUAUAGUGCAAAACAGAGUGGACCAGGCAUCUGAAACAAACAUAGAUGCCACAGGAACCAGGCAAGUCACUUGAAUGGAUGAAAUGGUGGCGUCCACACCAUACAUGGGAAGCAGAGAGGCCAUGUUUCUAUUUGCAAAAUUUGACAACUCAUUCCAGUAUUUAGAAAAUCCCUGAGGCCAGUUGAAGCCAUCUAGUCACUCAUUUGUUAUAUCCCUUCUAGUCACUCAUUUGUUCUCUCUGAAAUCAUUGUAAAGCUAUUCCAUUUAGUAGAAGAGAAGACUAAAACCAAGCACAGGAGCUAAAAUGCAUGUGAAACUUGAGAAAUUUGCAAACAAAUCCAGUUAUCAUCUCUGAACUGGCAGGUUUCUACAGACUUGGAUAAUUUAUCCAAUUAUCAGACCAGAACUUCUCAUUUCACCAAUAGAUGGUUUUCCCCUCAAAGUAGAGGGUUGCUCUAUUUGCUG